ACAUCCACACCACAACAACAACAACAGUAGCAGCAGUAAUCGGAACCAACCGCAGGAGUUGCUAUCGUCACUGCCGUACGGUGGGGCCUCGACAACCAUCAUCAGCACCAGCACAAGCAACAACAAUACCAGCAACAGCGGUAGCAAUAGCAACCACAGUAGUAGCAGCACCAACAGCAACAGCAGCAACAGCAACCACAGUACCAGUAGCAACGGCAAAAGCCUUACCAUCGCGAGUAACACGGCCACCGGCGGCAAGCAGUCGAAUCGGGGCGCCACGGCGGUAGCGGCUGCCGCUACAGCAGCCGCAGCGGCCGCACUCUACGACUGGAGUGGCAUGGGAGUCGGCAAGGGGCUGCCCACGUCUCCGACCUCAUCGAUCGCUUCGUCCACUUCCUCGUCGGCUGCAGCAGCAGCUGCUGCGGCGGCCGCCGCUGCUCACCACAGCCUCGACCCGGCAACCGCGGCGGCUGCAGCGGCUGUAGCGGCCGUGACCGGGGCCACCGCUGGUUUACCGGGCUCCACCACCACCGAGGCCCUCUUCCCGACCCUACUCAACAAGUACGCCCAGUCACCGUACAGUGCGAUGAACCUGCUGGCCACGUUCGGUCACCCGCUCUACUCGAUGGCGAUGAUGAGCAACCCGAGCUACAACUUCCAGCGGCUGCUAGAGCUGUCGGCGGCUGCGCAGCAGCAGCAGCAGCAGCAGACAGUGGAUGCGAUGGGAUCAAUGGUAUUCGGAACACAUCAUCAUCAUCAUCAGCAGCAGCAGCAGCAGCAACAGGAAGAGGAGACCCCAUCGGAUGCGGCGAUCCGCGAGGAGCAAGUUGACGUUAAGGUCCCGGUGAUCUCGCCAGCAUCGGCAACAACAGGGCGGAACGAGGGUGACCUUGUCGGCGAUCGGAUGGAUAUCGAUGAAGAAGGGCCACAGCCAGGCCAGGAGAUGAUGGAGCAACAGGAGGAGGUUUCCGUUGGUGACCAGCAGGGGCAGCAGAGUUCCCCCGUAGCAACGGGCGCCGGUACCACGGAAGCGAUGGACAUGGCCGGUGAUGAUGCUACGGACGAGAAGCCAGCUGUGCCCAGCAGUAGCAGCAGCAACAGUGUGGACAUGGUCGUCAUCAAGCCAGAGCAUUCCGAUGAUGAGCAACCACCGCAGCAGCAGGAGUGCGAGCGAAUCGGGGAAACCACAGCCCACGUGGCAGCACGGUCAACGAGCCCUUGGCCCGAGCCCACCAAAAAGGAACCAUCGGUGGACGGUCCAGAGGAAAUCCCGGACCAGCAGCAGCAGCAGCAGCAAUACGCAGAAGGUAACGGUUCGGAGGUGUCCUUUGCAUCGGCAGCACCUACCAGCCAGCCACCGCCGACGGUGGUGAAGGAGGAGCCUAUGUGCGAGGAUACACCCGCCAAUGACAAGACGCCGCAAAUGGCGGCCGAGUCACCGGCAACCACAGCCCCGCCGGGUGCCCAGCUGCCCAGCUGUCUGUACUGCAACGAGCAGUUCGAGCAGCAGUCGGAGCUGAUGCACCACACGCAGCUCUGCUGCAAGGAGUCGCUACUGCGCAAUCCGUUUGUGGCGGCAGCUGCGGUCGCAGCGACUGCAGCGGCUGCUCGGCCAUUGACGGCGGCCACCGGUGUUCACAGUAGUAGCGGGAGUGAGGACGAUACCGACUACGAAUGUGCCGAUGGAAGAUCAGCAGCAGCAGCAGCAGCAGCAGCAGCAGCGGCGGCGGCGGCGGCAGCGGCGGCUGCUGCAGGUCUCGGUAGCCUGUUCGGUAGCGCUGAUCUCGCCCUGUCCGGGCUUGUCGGUGCGGGUAGUGCCAGCCUGGGUGCUAGCAGCACCAGCAGCACUACGAGCAGCACCAGCAGCACUACGAGCAGCAGUGGCAGCAUCAUCAACGGUACGAGCGCCAGCGGUAAGGUACGCGUACGGACGGCCAUCUCGGAGGAGCAGCAGAAUGAGCUGAAGCGUUACUAUGCGCGCAACAGCAAACCAAGCCGGGACGAGUUCCAGAGCAUCGCCCAGCACGUGAAGAUGGAGGCGCGCGUCGUGCAGGUGUGGUUCCAGAACAAUCGCUCCCGGGAGCGCAAGCUGGGCUCGUCGGUGACGGCACAACAGUACCAUCCGACGGCCGGGGCAGCGACGGGCGGUGCCCCGAGCUCACCGCUCCACGGUGACCGUGCACCGUCGGUGGUGGCGGGACACGAGACGGCCGACCAGCCGCUCGAUCUGUCGCUGAAGAAGGAGCUGGGCUGCGAUGGUGCGAUGAGCGCUACCGCUGAGGCGGCUAGUGCGCUGCUGAGUGCCGCCAGUGAUCCGGCCGCCCUCGGCUCACUGCCAGCUGCCUUGCUACAGGCCGCCGGCCAGGCAGACACCAUGUCGGCCCUGAACGAGGCCAUGAACCUCACCUUCAAGGCGUCCUGUUCACCGACCGCGUUCUACUACAAUGACAUCCACCCAAUCCACAACAGUGGAGCGCACCACCAGCAGCAGCAGCAGCUCGCCAGCACGAGCCCGUUGACGCACGGUUAUGAGCAGUGCAGACGGGACGGGACACCGUCACCGUCGAUGGCGGAACACCAGCGACAUCAGCACCAGCACCAGCAGCAACCACCGCAACCGGGCUCGCUUGCGUACACGCAAGUAGGUGGUGGAGGGGGACAGGCAGGGGCCGGCUCCUUUCACGACCCGUACGUUACCGUGGCGAUGGGCCAGCUGUUCCGUCAGUUCUCGCCCGACCUGGCCGCCAGCGUGACCAGCUUGAACAGCCUUAGCCCGAGUGCGCGCGAGCUGAGCGAUGGGGCGAGUGCCGGUACCACCGGUAGUACGCCGGUCGGUUCCAAGUACUACAGUCCCACCUUCCCCGACAACCAGCAGCUGAUCCAGUCGAUGCUGAACGUGCCGAAGCGGAUGGCCUCGUACGUGUGUCAUCCAACGAUCGGUGCAGCGGUCGGUGGUGGUGGUGGUGGUGGCACCGGUGGCACUGGAGCUGCCGGUGGUGCAGCGGCCAACAAGGACUUCCCGGCCCCGGAUGCCGAAGGGCAGUACGUGUGCGAUCAGUGUGACAAGACGUUCAGCAAGCAUAGCUCGCUCCAGCGGCACAAGUACGAACACUCAGGUCAGCGGCCGUACAAGUGCGUCGAGUGUCCGAAGGCGUUCAAGCACAAGCACCAUCUGACCGAACACAAGCGGCUGCACAGCGGUGAGAAGCCGUUCCAGUGUAGCAAGUGCCUGAAGCGCUUCUCGCACUCGGGCUCCUACAGCCAGCACAUGAACCAUCGCUACUCGUACUGCAAACCGUACAGGGAGGGCAAAUAAGGCAACGAUCCGGGGCGGGAUAUUCCGUCCCCCGGUGUAGUGCCGGCACCGUACACCACCACCAGUGCUGCCGAUGAACCAUCGCAGCCGCCCUAUCCGUACCAUCCUGCACACCAGUCCCAUCCUUCCCCACAUCUGCGCCACCACCACCAGGGACACAGCUAUUACCGGCGGGGCGGGGCAAUACGGCGUGGUCGGGGCCGGCCAUCCGCCCAGGCGUACCUGGGCCGCCCGUUGCCCAUCACGACAGUAACGCCACAGCUUCUGCCGGCGACACCACCGGCGGCCAGCCUGGGCACCUCGGCUCAGGAGGUCACCGAUGGGCCAACCGUGGACCACCACCCGAACCAACAUCAACACCUCCUGCACUACAGCAACACAGCAGCAGUCCCACCGAUAUUACAAUCUGUAGAACAACUACCACCACCAGCAGCACCACAACUAUCAUCCCCACCACCACCACCACCACCACCAUCAUCAUCAUCGUCGACGGCGGUGCAACAUCAGCAACCUUCCCAAAUGUUCCAUGAUCAGCAGCAGCAGCAGCAGCAGCAGCAGCAGCAGAAGCGUUGUCCGUUGUCGCUGCUGCCACCACCAGCCGAGACCAGCGCUGCUCCAUACCUGAACCAGCGGCGGGGCCGGCGGCUGUACGUUGACUGCUACCUUAACACGACCACCACGGCCGAGGCCAGCGUCAGAAGCAGCAGCAAUUGUAGUGGUGGUGCCACCGGACACACUUCCUCCUUUCCAUUGUUUCACGGUAAUGCCGCCACCAAUGGCGUCCGCUGAGCAGCGGGGGGACAAUGGCUUAGGCUUAGGCGCAAGCGUGAAGAAGGGGUUUUGACUUAUUUUAAAUGUAUACACACACACACACAUAGGCGCAGGUAUCAGCGCCCUACAUUUAAGUAUUUCCUACUGCACAGCCCCACGCGCCAGUAGGUUCAAAACGGAGCCAGUUUACAAGCACACGCAUUCGCACGCACAUACCCACGGCAACACACAGAUGUUUGUAUGUAUGUUAUGCUGUGUGUGUGUGUGUGUCUGGUAAGCGUGCGUGCAUAGGUCUGUUGGAGUGUGGAACGUGGAAUCAGAAAAAGAAGUACUGUUAUCGAAGUAACGUUGCCGGAGGUGCAACGAUUAUUUUUUUUUUUGGUUUUAAAUUUAGUAUUUUCUUUUUUGGUUUGUUUUUGUUUAACCAUGCUUUGUUCUUUGACAGUUCCGCUUAUGCUUAUGUUAGUGUCGAUAAGUAUCUCUUCCCCCCCCCCCCCCCCCAUCUCCUCCCCUAUACAAUACCACCCCAUCGUCUUCGCAUCCUCGUACUUAACGAAUGGGUAAUGUACGCAGAGUUUGCCCGAGACGUCCCCCCGCCUCCCCGCGAAAAAGGAAGGGCAAUUGAAAGGAGCCGGAGCUCUUGUUUGUUUGUGGCACACGCGCUGCAACCGCAUUUACUAUAGUUAAACGCAUUAUUGCUCUACGUUUUAUCCAUUUAUUAAUGCCAUUAUCUCUUUACAACGGUUUUUACCAUUUAAUUUCCUUUACUAUACGGCUACGGUUAAGCUUACUACGAUUUGAUGCAAAGCGUACGCAUCAAGAAAAAGUGCCAUCCCCCUCCCCCCUCCCCUCAACCCUACCCUCUCUUCCUGUUUUCGUGUUGCAGUCUCGUCCCUUCCUGGAAGCGACGAUGCUUUCUCCUCGAGACGCAACGGAUUCAAUCAUUUGAGAAUUAAAAAUAAAAAAAAAAACGGAUAGUUAUAAUAUUGUUAGUUAAAAGUAAGCACAUCGGAGGGUUGUUUGUUUGACAAAAAAAAAAUGAAAAACAAAAGAAAAACAAACGAACCAUAAACAGGCAACCCUUGGCGCGUCCUUCAAACAAUGUCACUUCCCAUGUGCCGGGCAAAUGAAUGGAAGCGGCCGCCGCUACACCUACACACAUCUGGCGCUCUACUCUUAAAACCCGAAACAAUGUAUCUCAUUCCUAUUAAGUCUAAUAAUGCCUUACUGCUAGUGUUCGCGCGUCAUUCGAAGAGUUAAGAAUUAGUCGGAAUUUAUUACGAAUGAAUGAAUGGAAAUCAGUUACUUAUUCUUACAUUUACUAUGGUUAGCAACAGAUCGUUUAUGCAGUAUGCCGGCCGUGCGUGAAGGCAGGAUGUAAAGGUCGCCCACAAGCUGGUGCACGUACUCAAAGGAAGCCAUUCGGUUGAGUUUCAUUUUAUUGCUAGUAUUGUGAACGUAGGCUCACGCGUUUCAUUACGUUUUAUAACGGCACGCUACUGCCCGGCUAUGAAUGUCUGACAUGACAACUAUCAGUGUGUGCACCUUUGUGGGACGGGAUUGCGUAUUACCCAGAACACAGACCCAGACAUGCACCUUCGUUUGGCGUUAGUAGUAUUUUUCACACUGUUUGAUUAACGUGAAGUUUUUUUUUUAUUUUAUUAUUUGUUGUACGGGCGGUUGUGUGGAAGAAGCAACAUCGUUUAGCGUGCUGUUUGCGAUCACGUUUCAUUUUCGUUAAGGAAAAUCACGCCACGAUGCCACGUAAAAUUCCGUGCUAUGCUAAUGGCGGAAUCAUUCUACUCUUUGAAAUACAUACACAUUGAAUAUCCCCCCGCCCCUCCCCCCGCACACAGACACGCACACACAAACUACAAGUGUACCCUAUUUUGGACCAGGAAGUGUUAACAAGACAAUACAAAACAUUGCGAGGAUAAGGGAAAGGAACUAAAUUUAAUAACGAAAUAUAAUGAGCAAAUGUCAUGUCAACAGCUAUGCUGAAGCUGUUGAACCAAGAAGGGAAGGAAACAUUGGAAGAAAAUUCAGAAAACCAAACUAUAAAAGGGAAACAAAAAUUUACCGCGCUGUAACAAGGAAGGAAGACCUUGAGCAAGAAAAUCUAAAAACAAAACUAUCCCUUUAAUCUUAUUCCAUUAAGCCUAUAGAUAUUUUCUCCAUUGAACUUACGCCAACACUAAGCCAAAUGAAACGCAUAAAAAGGAAAAAUGAAAAGCAAUUGUCGCACCAUCCUGCAGUACGGAGCAUGAGUAUGAAAUACAUUUAAUACAUAACAAAAACACAUUGUUGAUUAACACGAGGAAAAUGAGAUAUCCCCGCUCCAGCUUCAGCUAAUUCGUACACACGUUCGUGCGUUGUACAUCCAGUUGAGCGAACCCGACGUCAUUCGCUGCUAGGGAGCAAUCCGAAGGGGUUUUGGAAGCGGAACAUGAAAAGAGUGUCAUUUUCCUCUGGAUAAGGUACUUGGUCUUUGUAUAGGAAUCCACAGCCUACUUCAUUGUUAUGAAUUUAUAUGAAUAAUUGAAUACGAGGUAAGCACACGCGUGUGGCGCCCGUCUUCUUUUUAGUUAGUGUCUCAAAUCGCAACUGCAGCAACAGCAGCGGCAGCGGCAGCGGCAGCGGCAGCAGCAGCAGCAGCUCAUGCAGCCAAUGCACCUAUAGAAAGGUUUCAAACGCGGACUUAAAUAAAACAAAGGAAUAAUGAUACUAUAGAUUCUUAUAGCAAGUACUGCAACGAACGAUGUGACGAGCGGCUCGGAAUGGGUGACUCGUUACACGAAUACCAGUAUGUAACAGAGAGUGUGAUAGCGAACGGCGGUGAUUUAGAACAGAGGAAACAAAACAAACAUUAAAUACUAAACCAAAACUAAGAUUAGAAGGAGAGAAGAAGGUGGAACGGCGUAAUGUGCCAACCGAGCAAAGAAGGAAGGUGCGGUUGUGUAUUCACGAGUUAUUGACUGCGAUCGAUGAAGGCAAGCAAGAUGCAUUCGCUGUAAUUCUGAAAUUGGGGGAGGGAAAAAAAUGAGUGGUGAUUUUAAUGGCAUUUGAUAGUUGUUGAUUUUCACGAUCGCUCUUACAUACCUUGUCGACUGUCGACAAAGCAAUGUCCAUUUUGCGCUCAUGCGCACCAUUUUUCUCCAUUUCAAUUGUUGCUUCAGUCAACUUCCCGCCAUGACGCCAUCGUCCGAUUUGCCCACUAUUCAGAGCUUAUUGUUUGCUAUGGUUCUUAUUACGCACCUUCUUUUGACCUGAGGAACAUUUCGAUCAGAUGCGGUGGAAAGCAAAUUAUAUUAGCACUAUUUGUACAUACUAUUACUUUUGCGUAGCACACCCAAACAGCAUUUAUCGAAAAUCAAUGGCCCCUCUCCCCCACAAAAAAGGACAUGCUAUCCCCCUUCUCAAAAAUAUAAUUAAAAAUUAAAGCAACCCCAACAUCAAUUUAAUGAACAUUCGAGCAUAUACUAAAGAAGAAACAUAGGCUAAGGAAAUACACAUAAACAAUACACUUAACAAAGCUUCAAAAAGGGUGAACGCUACUACGAGAAACACGAAGAGUCCGGUCCAGAUAGUUCGAUUAGAUGUUAUUCACGGAGCAAACCAAAUUCACGGAAAAGAUAAUUAAAGUAAUUACGCGAGCCAGAAAAAAGGGGCAGGCAAACCAUGGCAAACGAGAUAAGCAAACGGAAUGGGAUAGACAAGGUUAAAACAAGUUAUUACUGCAAUUACGCGUUUGUGUUAUAAUACAGCAAAAUAUGAGCAUUUUUUAUAUACAUAUUGUAUACACAAAUACAAUCGCCAAACCGGGUUGCUGCAGCAGGUUGCGAACGUUAGGGUUAUGAGAAGAAAAUUAUUUAAUUGCGUCAAAAGAGAGACUAGCAGCGGUGACGUACGCUGGCGACGGUUAAGGUUGAACAGCUCGCUCUCCCUCUCUCUCUCUCUGUCUCUCUCGCUCUACUCCCUUUAUUUUUCCAGUACACAGGAUGGCGAGAAGCAGCAUUUAAAGGGCCUUCCUUCGAUGGAUAGUAAACUUUUGCUGUUGCUCGCACGGAUAGUAGCUCGAGAAACGAGAUGAACGAAAACAAUCGGAAAUGCAAAAAACGCGUUUGUAUAUCGUCUUAGAAAUAUGAGAACCUAAACGAACAGAAAGUGUCUUUUAUUGAAUUUACAUUAAUUGCAAUCGCCUAUACAUAUAUUAGUGAUUUAUUAAACCGGAAUAAUUUAGCUAUGAAAAAUUAUACCAAGCAACAGCAAGAUGGAGGAGGCCAUGCGAGCGUUAGACGUUACUAAGUAAGGUCUAUAACAUGACAAGAGUGGAUGGGCUGAGAGUGGGAGAGAGAAAGACACCAAUUUUGUCGUACACUCAGUUAGGCGAUAUAUUAUAUUUAAACACAUUCAACCGCUAGCGCUAGCGGGACAACCGGGGGUGGAAACUGCCGUCAGUUAUUAUGGUCUGUGUUUCACCAAACCAGCAACACAAAUAAUGCCGAGCGGAAGCAAUUGAUUGUUUAAGCCAUAAAACAAUUACCCAGUUAAAAAGUUGAUGUUGCUGAGGAAAGCAAAUGCAAGCGGAAACAAAGAGCAGUCAGAUGAGACGGAGAAAAAUGGCGAAUAAGGCACACUUGAUUGACAACCAUGUUUCGGCAAAACCCUUUUUCUUUGGAACAGCGAUUAAAAUAUCGCAGAAAAAUCGCAACGAAAAUUGAGCAAACCACGGAAAUCGAAUAUUUGGCUAUUGCAAUAGUCAAAUUCCAACAUACACAUACCCACACAAACAAACACACACAGAAUCCAUUCACGAAGGAUACAAAAAAAAACACACAUACAACUAAUCAUUCCAUAAAAGAAGGCAA